UUUGGUUAACAACUCUCUUCAAUAACCCUAUUUAGCUCAACCUCCAGCCAACCACCUCUCGAACCCUAUAGUCUAUGACUCUAUGUCAUACAUCAUAUAUACAAAUCCGAUCAUACGAGUUUUCCAUUCCUCAACACACAAAGUCACAAACCCAUAAAAAAUUUGUUCUGUGACUAACUCAAAAUGGCUAGCAAUAGCAUUACAUCAAGGGAUCAGGACGAGCGUGCUGGGGCAGAGAUUGUGCAUGGUCCUGAAGAAUGUUACCGCCACUCCAUAGAUCUCUUGGAAGAGCUAGGUUUCCCCAAGGGUGUUCUUCCAUUGCAGGACCUUGAAGAGUGUGGAAGAGUUAGAGAAACAGGGUUUGUUUGGAUGAAACAAAAGGCCCCAUAUGAGCAUUUCUUUGUUGGGAGCAACACCCGGGUGAGUUAUUCCAUAGAGGUAACAGCAUACGUGGAGAAAUUCAAGAUGAAGAAGAUGACUGGUAUUAAGAGCAAGCAAGUGUUUUUGUGGGUGCCUAUAACUGAGAUGAGCAUAGAUGACCCUGCAAGCAAGAAAAUAUAUUUCAAGACACCUAUGGGGAUUGGAAAGUCUUUCCCAGUUACAGCUUUCAUGACUGAGGAAGAGAAGCAGAAGUAUUUGGAGAAGAAGGCCAAUAGUACUGAAUGAAUUAAACUUGUUUGUUCAUGAUCAUAUGUGGGACACAUCGAUCUUGUUUUCAUUGCUGGUUUCGUGUUGAUCUGAGUUAGAACCCUACAGAUUUUCUGUUGCUAUUGUUUUGAUUACUAGCUAGUAUUUCGUGUAUGAUUCUCUUUUGAUCAGUUUUCACCAACUGCGCAUCAAAGAGUUCAUCCCUUUUAGUGGACCAUGCAAUAAAUUCAAUAAUUAAUUAAGAAUAAUCAAUAGUUAUUGUCA